AAUUAAAGAUUGGUGUGGUGGAAAUCAGAGGAGCAGAUUCAGUUUCAUUAUCUCAUUUCAAUCUUGUAGCAUUGUCCAAGCACAGAUAAUAGAAAUGGCGGCAAUGGGAGUUGCAGCACAAACGCAGUUACAGUUAGAGAAACGUGUGUUAGAGGGUUUCACUUCGAGAUCCAUGGAAUUGAAAUGGGUUAGUCGAAGAAGCAGCAAAAGCUCACAGCUUGAGAAGACGAAGAAGCAGUUGAGACCGCUUUUCCCAAUUUACAUUUCCACCGACCCACGCCACGUCGAUCCUCUCCGUCUCCGGGACCUCUUCACCGAUUGCAACUACUCUACCCAAAGAUUUCCGACCCGACCCGGACCUGAUCCCGUGGACAUCCACAAGCUCCGCAUUGCUCUGUCUCACAGCGCCGUGGUUCUGUCCGUCUUCUGCAACCUCCGCCACGUAAACGGCGUGGUUCCAUAUCAAGACAAUUUAUCGUCUUCUUUAAUGGCGGAUUUCUUCACGCCGGUUUCUCCUUCACGUGAUCAAUUGGUCGGGUUUGGCCGUGCCGUUUCCGAUUAUGGCCUCACCGCUUCGAUUUACGAUGUCGUGGUUAUGCCUUCCUUGCAGAGAAUGGGAAUUGGUCGGAUGAUAGUUAAAAAAAUUGCCAGAGUGCUUGCAAAUAGAGACAUAUACGACAUAGCAGCCCUUUGCUCAGAGAAUGAAAGGUUAUUUUUUAAGGCGUGUGGAUUUGGGGACGACAUUUUGAACUCCACUACCAUGAUGUACAGAAGAACUGUUCCAUUAAUAACCCAGGAAGGUAAAUAAGCAGUUACUUGCACAGGGCGAAAGCUAUUGUUGAUUCCACCUCUUAUUGAGGGACCCAAUGGCACUUCAAAAAAUAUAGUGUAAAGGGCCAAACUCCAUUGUAUAUAAAACAGGGAGAAAAUGAAAGAUUGUUCUCUGAUUAGUUAGAGAAGAAGCUUGACAUUACCAUUCUAUUACGUCCUUCAUUCUAUAUGUAAAUUCAACUUAUAAAUCGGUAAAGUUUGUAAUUGCAAGAAUAGCCCCCCCUAUGUUCUCAGUGUAAACGUGGGAAAAGUUGUGGCUUCUUGGAAAGAACACAUUUUUAAUUUAGAUCUGUGUCUUCGCUUCAAACUAUUAAAACUUUUCUUUCUCGAACCAAAUAAAAAUAUUCUUUGUAAAAGACUAAAAUGGUGUGACAAAUGAAGAAAAUUUGAUAACUGAUUUGAGAGACUAAAUCUAUAAAAUAAAUCCGUAGAGAGCUUUUCUCCAGGGGUUUGUACUCUAUGGCCAAUUUCUCUGUCGUGCUAAGACCUUUUCCCUCUGCAUAACCCAUCUGAUUG